UGAUAUAUCUUUCCCAGGAUUUAUAUUUAACCUCUGGAGACUACCAUACUAAGUUGAACCGUUGGUACCAGGCAGUGUCGUCUGGCUGUGCAAUGGUGUCGGUACUCGCAGCAGGCUCUUGUCCUCCUGUAAUCAGACCAGCGCUUGCCUUGAACGAUUGCCCGCUCGUCAUUAACCUCAACUUCCAGUGCAUUUCACUUCGCACUCUGCAUCACUCCAUAGCUUUAUUAUUUCGCGACCUACAACUGAUCCCGGCUCUAAUUUUAGAUCCAAGCAACAGCCUGGGUGUUGGGUCUUUUGAUUCAAAUCUUGCUACUUAGUACUUCCCUGAGUCGUUCAAUCCCAUCUGUCAUAACUGUCGCGAAUGAGUCAGGAUCACUUUCGAUCGUCUGAAGGAACGUGGGAGAGGCUGUCCCAGGUCGCCGUCCAGGGCGCGAAAUAUGACUCCCGUGAACGCCAGCCCCAUCCAAAAUGUUUGGAAGGGACCCGGGUCGACCUUCUCAACUGCAUUCGCACAUUAUUAGACAAGCGGGAGAAGAGUCAACUCAUUUGGCUGCAUGGCACGGCGGGCGUCGGAAAGUCUGCCGUUGCGUUCACUGUAGCUGAAAAGAUGAGGAGUCUAAAAGUGACAGAGGAGACCACAGUUGAAAAGCGGCUCGCAGGAACAUUCUUUUUCUCGCGCAAGCACACCAAACGUUGCACGACUGGAUAUUUCUUUGCAACGCUUGUCUACCAGCUUGCUAGCAAAUUUCCCAGCAUCCGGUCGGACGUGAACAAUGCCAUCCGCGAGAAUCCCGCCCUCCUAGACCCUAACAACUCUCUCUGCGACCAGAUGGAGGCAUUCUUUCUCAAACCUCUCCGGAAGCUUAAAUCCAGGCUGAGCGAGUGUCCACCUUUGACAUUUGUCGUCGAUGCCCUUGAUGAAUGCACAUCCGAACCCGAGCUUACCGAUCUCAUCCUUUCCCUUGCACGGGCUCUUCGUGAACCUGAUCUGCCCGUGACCCACGUUCUGCUCACGAGUCGCUCGGAAUCGCAUAUCUCUGAGACCUUUGAGCAAGAAGAGGUUCACCCGCUGACGGCGCAGAUGUUGACAAUGACAUCUAUAUUUUCUUGCGGCAUUCGUUUAGAGGGCUGCAAAGACGCUACCCCCGAUUUUCCGCAGCCAUCAAUGCAUGAACUUCAGCAGCUUGCCAGUCGAGCAGGCAGACGUUUCAUUGUGGCGUCCACAAUGAUGAAGUUUAUCGAUGAUGGAGACAACGAUCCGGUUCCCCACGAUCGGCUUCAGCUGAUGCUCAAGCUAACGACUAAGCUGCUACCAGGAACGGAGGUUUACAAGUUGUAUGAUUGUAUCCUCUCUACAUGCGCCGACCCCAAGCGGGCAUACCUACACUUGUCCGUCGUUGCUGCACUUGUGGACUCUCUUCCAAUGUCACAAAUCUCGAAACUUCUUGGCGCUGGCCAGGGGAGGGAUGUGGAGACAGCACUGAUGCAGCUACGGUCUGUCAUGAGUAUUCCUACAAAUAGCACACUCCCCGUGAAUAUCUACCACUCAUCCGUUCGUGAUUAUGUUUCCGACCCCUCAAACUGCAGCCUCCCUCAAGUACAUGAUAUCCCAUCACCCCACUCCCUCCUCGCACAUGCCUCUCUCCGCUUGAUGAUGAAGGAGAUUCCAGAAAGCAUGGCCCUUUCUGAUGCGCUCUCAGAAUUGAAGAGGCAGAGUCAAGCUAUGAAGCCCUACGACCCGCAGAGAUUGAAAGACUCACUAGCCUUCCUUGUUCGGCCAGCGGAGCCUCUGUCAGUUCUCAUCAGUAUGAUAUGGCUUUGGGGAGAUCGUGGUUCAGAUUUCCAAUUCUGGUUAGAGACCGAGGACGGAUUUGCCUGGCUGCAGACCCAACGAGGGAAGGACUGGCUGUGCACCCCGACGGGAGAGAAUUGGCUGCUGACACAGGGCGGGAAAGACUGGCUGCCGACACGAGAGGGGAAGGACUGGCUGCAGACCUGGGUUGGACAACGCUGGUUGUGGACUCUGGGAGGAAACAUAUGGCUGCAGACACAGUGGGGCGCAAAUUGGCUGGAAGUCUUGUGGGGGGAAAAGUGGUUGAGAACGAAGACUGGGCGAGACUGGAUGCAGAGCGCGGGCAAAUGGCCGACUGCGGGAAUGCACUCCUGGCUCUUGGGAAAAGAAGACCGGUCGCAGACACCAAGCACACCAUUCCAGCUGCAGAUCCCGGCCAUGACGGGUGAAUCCCACCUGGAAUUAUUCAUGAAUGCGAACUGCCAGCAGACUGAGCCGAGCGUGGAAAUUUCGCUGCCGACCCCGAGCAGGGGAGAUUCGCUACCAACCACGAGGAGAAAAGCCUCGCUGAUGACCACAAUGGGGAAGCAGCACCACCGGUCGCAGACCAAUCGCGGGAAAAAUUGGCUGCAGACCCCGGCCGGGUGGCACUGGCUGCGAACCCGGGGAAAGGACUGGCUGCAGAAAGUGCAGGGGCAGGAGUGGCUGGAGACGCAGGGCGGGCGCGACUGGCUGCGAGCCCGGCUUGGGCAAAAAUGGCUGCAGACCCAGGGCGUGCGAGACUGGUUACAGACCUCGGGCGGGAAAAAUUGGCUGCAGAUCAAGGAUGGGCGAGACUGGUUGCAGACACAGUGCGGGAAAAACUGGCUGCUGACGCCCGAUGGUCAAGCAUGGCAGUCGACUCCUGCAGCAUCUGUCUGGCUGACGAUGGAAGAAUUCUCCAGCACAUUGGGAGCAAUCAACAAGUACAUCCAUGCCCCAGAAUUUAUUUUACAACCAGCUUCUCAAGUAAUCCAGCAGUUCAAGAGCUUACCGGAUUUCUUAAUGUUCCCGGCAUUCUUGGCAUUGAGGUGCCAGCAUCAUUCCACCUCUGCAAUACCAAAAAGUCAUUGUCCACCAGACAGGGGGAUCAUCCAUGCCGUGAACACCUUUAUGACGUUCGCAAAAGAAGCACAGAAGCGAAGUCGAUCUACUUCCGACGCUCUCAAGUAUGCUUGUCAAAACUGGGCUGUUCAUCUCUUGCGAGCUCCAACUCCAUGGAAUCACAUGCUCAAUCACCUAUUCCAGGCUUUCUGGAAUCAUUGUCUCCUUCCUGGCUCGAAGGCAAUGGUGUUUAAAAGGUCUGCGGUCUUGCCUCAGUGUUUUAUCCGAAGGGCAGAAACUUGCAAAGCUGAUAUUGCCUUAGGUUGGUUUGAACCUGUUAAUGCGCAGCCUAAUAAACGACUGUCAGCCAUCGACAUGGACUCCCGACAAUCGACAACAGAGGCUUCGGCACCCGCUUCCACCUCUGAAAUGUCAACAAGAGGACCGUCAACUCCCACAACUAUUCUUUCAACAAAGGAAUUCCCUGUGGCCCCACAUGCAAGACCUGUUCCUGAUAUCUGCCCCAUCAACCACCUCGCAGUAUCCUCCCUCUACUCAGGAUUAGCCCUGCUACUACCUCCACCUGACCCCGUCCGCUCUUCCGACACUACCCCUAUGUCCUCUGACAUUAUACCCCUUCCAUCCGACCCUAUCUGGGGUUCCGCUCCUCUGCCCUAUCGGUCGGCCACCCUCCAAUCCUCCGACCCUCUGAUCCCCCGUUCCCCCGUUCCCCCCGUUCCCCGUCCCCCGUUCCCCCGUUCCCCCGUUCCCCCGUUCCCCGUUCCCCCGGUUCCCCCCCGUUCCCCCGCUUUCCCGUCCUCCCCCGUUCCCCCCCCUUCCCCCUUCCCCCCGUUCCCCCCCCCCCCCCCCCCCCGGCCCCCCCGUUCCCCCGUUCCCCCGUCCCUCCCCCGUUCCCCCCUUCCCCCCUUCCCCCACCCGUUCCCCUUCCCUUCCCCCCGUUCCCCCGUUCCCCCGUUCCCUUCCCCCGUUCCCUCCCCCCCUCCCCCCCCUCCCCCCUUCCCCCGUUCCCCUUCCCUCCUUCCCCCUUCCCCUUCCCCAUUCCCCCAUUCCCCCAUUCCUUUGUCCCUCUGCUCUUCCAACUCCCUGCGCAUUGGCUGGCUUUCCCGUGCAUUGGAACUGAUCCCCCACUCUCGCAUCUGUUCCCUCCAUUCUGCUCUGCUUCGGACUUGUCCAGCAGCUCUUCUGCUCUGCUUCUACUGUUGGUUCUGA